AUGCAGGGGACAUCCAGUCCAACUCAUCAAUGCAUGCCUGUUCCACAGCAUAAUGGAGCUGGAUCAAUUCAAAUUCCAUGGAGCUAUUCAACGGCUGUACUGAUGCCCGAGAUCCCACGCUCGCCUUGCGCACUGUCUGACCCUCCAGAGCUGAUGCUCUCUGGAAUUUUUCCUAGCAGUCAAUACUCUGGUAGUUCAUACCUACAUCAAAACCUAUUUACGUCUUAA